UCACUCACAGAAACUGUUUACUAACCAAAGUUCAGUGUCCUCGGAGCUGUCGGGUCUCCAACAUGGAUGUGAAGGAGCUGGCUGUGAACGCGUUGGUCCAGAAUAAGAAGGCAGCUCUUCUGAUCGGAGCUGGUGUCGCUGUUCUGGGACUUGGUCUCGGAUAUAAAUACCUGAGGAAGUCAGAGAAAGUAGUCCGUGUAGGCGUAGUGUCGCAGCUCCUCGUUCACCCUCUCAAGUCUGGCAAAGCGGUGUCUGUGGCUCUGGCUGAGUGCCACAAACUCGGGCUGAAGUCUGGAGAGCUGCAGGAUCGACACUGGCUGGUGGUGACAGAGGACGGUCACAUGGUGACGGGCAAACUGCACCCUCGUCUGGUGUUGGUGUCUCUGACCUGUGAUGGAGGUCAUGUUUGUCUGAACGGCCCAAACAUGGAGGAGCUGCGAUUCCCCAUCAAACAGCCCAACAAUGCCGUCAUUGACUGCAGACUGUACAGAGCUAACAGUCAGGGACUGGACUGCGGUGAUGAAGCAUCUCGUUGGCUCACUCGUUAUCUGGGGGAAGAGAAGACCUUCCGCUUGGUGCAUUUUGAACCCCAGAUGAGGAUGAGGAAGCGUGUGGACAGCAAGCAUCCUUUCCCACAAAACACAGUGGCCUACGCAGAUGUGGCACCUGUGAUGCUGCUGUCCGAGUCCUCUGUCAAGGAUCUCAGCAGCAAGUUGGAGAAGGAAGUCACGGUGGAGCGUUUCCGCCCCAACAUCGUCAUCAGUGACUGUGAAGCAUUCGAUGAGGAUUCGUGGGAAGAGGUCCAGAUUGGCAGCGUGAGACUGCAGCGUGUAAUGUCAUGUGGACGGUGUGUUUUCACCACCGUUGACCCUGAAACUGGUAUCAUCACCAGGAAAGAGCCUCUGGAGACACUGAAGAGCUAUCGUCUGUGCAAACCAUCAGAGAAGCACAUCUACAAAUCGGCUCCGCUGUUUGGACAGCUGCACACCGUGAAGAAGACAGGGAUCCUGCACGUCGGAGAUGUGGUGUACAAGAUCAGCCGCUGAUGGAGGGACAAACAUGCUAACAAACAUUUAGUCCCUUUGUUUGAAGGGGGGAGAAAUCUUUAUGGUGC